AUGGGUGGUGAUCCACAUUAUAGGACAUUCGAUGGACAGUAUUUUGAGUACCAGGGCACUUGUCCGUACGUUUUUGUUGAGCCGUGCCAUGGUACUCUACCGCAGCCGUACAAUUAUUUCUCAGUUAAAGCAAAGAACGAGAAAGUUUCACCAACUUCUCAUGUUUCGGUCGUCACAGAAGUGGAGGUUGAGAUGUAUGGCCAAAAAUUGCACGUUGACUGCUCGUAUACUCUGCUCUUCAAUGGAAUCAGAACCGGAAUGAAUUUCUAUUAUCCGAACAAGAACAAUCCUAAGAUCACAGCAACAUACAGUGGAGGACAGGUGGUCAUUGCGAACGAUCAAAAUGUUCGUGUAAGAUUCCAAUGUUACCGUCUGUGCGUUGAAAUACCUGACGAUAAACCAUUGCAAGGUUCGAGUGUGCUGUGCGGAUUAGCAGGAAAUCGAGAUUUCAAUUGCAAAGACGAUUUCAGAAGAUUGGAUGGAUACGUCUACAACGUUACAUCGUGCCAAACUCGGUAUAAGAAAGUUACUGAAAUAUUCGGUGAUAGUUAUAUCACGAAAGAUUUUCUGAUAACUUCAUCGAAGGAGCAACAAUGCUUGACCGGAGUUGAAGUCACCAAUGGCUCAAUAACUUGUGAUUUGGGUGCCGGAAAAGCGAAAUGUCAACCGAUUUUGGAUGCAGCGCACGGGAAGGGACCUUUCGCAGCAUGCCAA